AUGUCCACCGAGGGUUUGGUCUUCAAGGAUCUCCUGCCCAUCCCGGACACAGAUCCUACCGAACAUGAAGGAACGACGACUACGCUACGGGAUGCGCCCACAGAGAGCCAUGCGCUAGCUCACGAGGCAGCAAAUGCACCUCAUCCAGAUGCGACGGGUGCAGCGCAGGUUCAGCAUGGGGAAGAGGUGGUCAACUUGGGUUGGAACGAGCCGAAAGAGCAUAUCGAGAGCCCGCUUGUUGGCGGUCUGUCAAAUGAGGACCUAUGGCUACUGGUUCGGCGAUUCAACAAGCAAAUGUACCAUGUCAAGGAGAUCGCAACAGCGCCCCCAGGAGGCUUGGACAUGAACAUUGCGGAUGAGGAAGAGUUCUCGCCAGACAAGCUGCGUUCCAAUGUCGAGCGCUUGUACAUGACAAUCGGCAUUGGCAUGAUGGCUUUCGGAAAGCACAUUGUGCGAAUUCGCUCAUGGCGAGAGACUCGCCGCACCGCCUGGUUCUGUUCUGCCUACUUUCUGGCUUGGUUUUUCGACCUGGUCAUGCCUUUGGUCUCUUUGACCCUCAUCACACUCAUACUCUACCCGCAAUCACGGGAAGUCAUGUUUCCUCCUGCACCCAUUGCGCUCGUUAGCUCUACGGGAGGUGUCCAGAAGCCGAAAGCUGGAACCUUGGGUAGUACAGACAGUGCUACUGGAGCUCCAGAAAACCACAAGGGUGAGGCUGUUGAGCAGGAAGCGUCCAACUUCUUCAAUGGUUUCACUUCGAUAGCGUUGUCAAGUGCUUCUGGUAAGCAUCCCCAAGGUGAACCCCCGGAAGCCGAUGCGCAGGACGAUAAAAUUCCUGAUCCCACUGCCAUGGCAGUUGGUGCAGCAGAUGCCAAAGACCAAGUUGCUGGUGGUGCUACGUCGAAAGAGCACGAUAAGACCAAAGUCCCUAUGGAGACUGCGAUGUGGACGAAGAUGAGACCUAUCAUGCAUGGCAUUGCCGAUGUUACGGAUACAUGGGAGCGUUUUGCGAAUAUGCUAGAACCAACCCGCCCGUUCCCCAAGAACAGGUACCAUUUGCGACUCGCAGGCGUUGUCGCACCCCUUCUCUUGAUCUCUCUAUUCGUAACCUCCUACAUGUUCAUGAAAGGAGUAACAUUCGGCGUCGGGUUUGGCUUCUUUGGAGAUCCCAUCAUCUCUCGAGGAUUUACCUUACUCAAUCGCAAGUUCCCUAACUGGCAGAAGCUUCUUGAGCUCCGUAACACACUGCUUAAGGGCGUACCUACCAAUGCGCAGUUGGCCAUCACUCUACUCCGCAUUGGCGAAGCGAACAAGGCUCCCCUUCCGCCACCACCGCAUAUUGACCAUCCGCCACCAGAGCGACCCGCCGAUAUCAGCGAAAAGGAACUGCGCGCAACGGGAUCAGACUGGCCUCUUAACGCAACGCAGGAAGAACUCGACGUAGCCAUGGCACCCGAUCCCACAAUCCCACACGAAACCGGCGGCAGCGACAUCGACCAAGCCAAGGACACCAAACACGGCAAAAAGGGAAGUAAGAUUUUAAACUUCUUCCGCGGAACCGUCAAGGGAGGCGUUGAGACUACCAUGACAGCAGAUAAAGUCAAAGCCGCUGUCGGUUCAAAACACGCAAAGAACAGACUCGGUGCUGUGCCGCACAAGGACCAGGAUCUUACGUCUGGUCCGGUAGAGUUCAAAGCCCGACACGAUGGUAAGAAGGGCCAUGUGUACAUCACCACCAAGGCCACGAUCCCCUGUAUCGCUUUCUCGACAGACAAGACGAUUGAGAAGAUUGGCAGCGUGGACAGAGAAGAUCUGCACCCACUGUGGAGUAUUCCUGUCGGGCGGAUCAGCGAGCUGAGGAAGGUCGGUGGUUUCGGGUGGAAGGCGAAGAUAGUGGUUGGAUGGGCUAUGGGCCGCGAGGUUGCGGAUGGUCUGGUCAUCACGGACCGGACAGGUGAAGAGACAAGACUCACAGCUAUACCGCUGAGAGAUGAGCUGUUCAAUAGGCUCAUUGCUAUGGGUGGUCAGAAGUGGGAGUGUUGGUAG